AUGCUCAUUGCGUCGUCGACUUUGUGUAUAUUUGUGCGCGUGUUCGUGCGAGUUCGGUACAUUAGCUUUGGAUUAGACGAUUGUUUUUGCGUGAUCGGAUGGGUCUUGACCGUCCUGGAAUGUCUUGUGUGCAUAAUAAGUAAGUUUGACGCGCCCGGGAGGAGGUUGAAUCCAAAUCAUACGUUCCUACGACUCACUUUUAACACUACAAUAGUGACCAAUUAUGGAUAUGGCAAGCACAUCGAUACGAUUCACGACGCGAAUACGAUACAGAUGUUCCUCAAGCUUGACUUUGUCACGGAAUUAUCCUAUGUUCUUGCCCUUGGGUGUAUCAAAAUCUCUUUCUGCCUCUUCUACCUCAAGAUCUUUCCCGGGAAAGUGUUCAGGAUAUUGUGUUGGUGCGUGCUGGUGGUCUUAGCAGGCGAAACCCUUGCAGACUUCUUCGUCGUCGUUUUCCAAUGUUCCCCGGUCUAUAAGGCAUGGGACGCCGCCGGCGUUGUGGAUGGGAAAUGUUUACAACUCCUGUCCUUCUUCUAUAUUGCGUUCGGGAUUCGAUUAGGGACGGAUUUUGCCCUUCUUGCGCUUCCUAUCCCGCAGCUCCUCAAGUUGAAGAUCGCGAAGGGAAAGCGUGUAGGGCUUAUCGUGAUGUUUGGGCUCGGCGGACUCGUCAUGGUGACAAGUAUCAUUCGAGUGACAUAUCUGAGUAACUUCUCGAUUGACCAUACUUGGUCGCUCGUUGAUCCUCUCAAUUGGUCGUCCACGGAGCUCGGAGUUGGAGUUAUCAACGCCUGUGUCCCUUCAUUCAAAGCUCUGGUGACAUUCAGAUACCCCAAGCUGCGCUCAAUGCUCGGACUCUCUAGCGAUCGCAGUCACGGAGCACGCUAUGAGAUGUACGGAUCGGCCAGUCGGCGGGCGACCCACCCAGAUGAUCCAGGAUCUUGGAGACGGUCCCACGGCGGUACCGCCCAUGCAAAAUCGGGCACCACACGGACGCGGACAGACGUGGAGACAAGUUGGAGCGGUUCCGAAGAGCGCAUCAUUCCACAAUCCCGUGACGGGAUUCACGUCACGACGGAUGUAAGGGUUGAUAGCACUGAGCAUCAAGAGCUGGCCAAGCCGCAUUGGCCCCUAGGAAGAUAA